AUGCAGCUUUUCCUACAGUGCGAUAGGGCAGACGGUCUCUCCCUAUUUGACCUCACUUUUGGUGCCUCUCCUGCCCCUCCUGCUGAUGCUGACGCCACUGUUCGCUCACAGUGGGCCACGCGCGAUGCUGCUGCUCGCCUUGCUGUGCGCCGCCACUUACCGACCACUGAGCAUGCACACUUUAGCCAGUACAAGAGUGCUCAGACCUUGUACGACGCUGUAGUUGCACGCUACUCUUCCCCUGCCACUGCUGCACUAAGCCGCCUCAUGCUACCGUACCUCUUCCCUGACCUUGCUUCCUUUCCCACAGUCGCUGACCUCAUUACGCACCUCCGCACUAGUGACACUCGCUACCGCUCUGCGCUUCCUGCUGAGGACCACUUCCUCUCACUUUGCCCCACCACUCUCACCGUUGACCUCCUCGAGAAGGCCCUCCUAGCAGCAGAGAAGAGCAUAGUCGCUGUAGGAGCCUCUCGUGGUGACCCUCGCACCCCCAUCUUUGAGGGUCGGUCGGCGCUGCGUCUGCCCCGAGCGGGAGACGCCGCACUGGCAAGGGCAAGGGGGGCAAGGGCGCUGGAGGGGCUGGCGGGGGCGGUGGAGGUGGUGUUGGAGGCAGUGGAGGGGGUGGGGGUGGUGGUGGGAGUGGUGCCGGGGGUGGCGGCGGCGGCAGCAGUAGUGGAGGCAGAGGAGCCGGCGGUGGUGGCGGAGGGAGCGGAGGCGGCGGAGGUGGCGGAGGAGGCGGAGGUGGAGGAGGCGGCGGAGGCGGCGGCGACGGCGGCGGUGGUGGAGCGGGUCGCGACUCUGCGCAGAGGAGUGGCUCAGCGCGGUGGGGGUACUGGUCCCUGCACUUACGUCCUCCGUACCGGCGACCGAGCUGGUGAGCAGUGCGGGGGCCCGCACUCCACCCAGCGCUGCUUCGGUCGCCUGACGGACGCGUGGCGUCGCCAGUUCCCUGAGGCGUCAGAGAUCCCUCGUUGGGGAGAUAUGUCUAGGGCGGGGGUUGCCAUCUUUGAUCUUGACUAUGAUGCUAUCCUUGCUGCCAUGUAUUCUGUGACUACUAGUGUUGAGGGUGACUGUUACUUGUGUGUACCGCCUGACCCGGGCAUUGAGGCCACUGCUCUAGGUGCUGGUGAGGCUGCUGCUCUAGGUGCUAGUGCGUCUGCUACUCCAGGUGCCAGUGCGUCUGCUGCCCCAAGUGCUGGUUGUUAG